UUCACUUUUCAAAAAUGCAAGUUCUCAUUGGUUACUUUAAAAUAUCAUUCAACAGGAAUUUGCACUUUUCGAAAAGUGCAGAAAGUUAGGUAACGAGAAAAAAACUACGUCAUCGUGACUUAUUAUUUAUGUGGUCAACUUACUGUAAACUGAGGACAUCUUCCCAGUACACCCAAAGUACCCGUUACAUAUCGGUAAUGUGACAAUUUAUUACUCAGGGACAUAAUACUUAUGUACACAAGUUGUUUUUUAUCAGUACUAUACUCUUGAGAAUGAAAUUCGAGCAUUAUCGAUAUAUACAGACAAAAUCGUGUCUCUUUCGUAAUGUAUCUGAUAAGCAUUAGCAAGGAUAAAAUCGUGAUUGCACAAUUUGAAAUCGUGUCAAAAGGUGUUUGACAUUUCCAGCUGUCACAGGAAAAAGCAAAUGGCGUAACUGAUUGUUUACAUCAGCGUAGAUAAAAUAGUAAAAACAUGCUUGUCAUCCUUAUAUAAUAUUUCUGCAGGAGCAUGUAAUCAGAUGGUGUAUAAUUGAUCUUGUAAUAGUAGAGUAAUAAUUUUAUACUAUUUAAAAAAAAUAAGUAUGGCUUUUUCAUUUAGAGCUGGCACCAAUUGGUGUCAUGAUUUUCCAAAACUUGCUAGAGAAUCAGGAUUUUAUUUUAACAUGCACAGAAGUCGAGUCCGCGUUGACUGGAAUCGAAUAAGUUCUAUUGAUAUUGAUAGAGUCAUCCGAGAGAGAGAUUUUUCAACUGUCGAUGAGAAUGUUAAUAAUGUUGUUGAUUACUGUUUAGAAAGUGAAUAUGACGUGAAGAUUUUGGAUCCAAAUUUUGUGAAACUCUUUCGUAUAGCGCAGCUGGCAGUAGAGUAUUUAUUGUACUGCAAACAGUAUUUGGAUCAUAGCGUUGUUAUCUUAAAGGACGAGCUAAGAUCAAAACUGGAGGAUAAUGCAAAACUAAAGAAAGAUAACCUCUCUUUGGAGGAAACUGUUAAAGAUUUACGAGAGAAGCUAAGAAUCAUUGAGACUAAAAUUGGUGAUUCACAUGGAGAACUUCACAAAUGUCCACACUGUACAAAAACAUUUAUUUCUGCGAUUUUUGUGGCGGCACAUAUUGCACGUCGCCAUCCGAACUUAGCAGAGCCGAAUAUCACCAGUUCACCAGUACAUGAGCAAUAUCGAAUGGAAACAGAGAAACUGCAUAAUGAAAUAAAAACUCUUAAAGAGAGGCUUAACCAGACUGAAAGAGUUAUCAGAUAUGAAUCUGAUAAGAGUUUAGAGGGUCUCAGAGCUGAACGCGAGGAAAGAAUGAGAAUCACAAAAAAUGAAUUGCAGACAGAAGACAGGGAACGUGAUAUAAGAUUAGAGGAGCAACAUAGAAGAUAUCAAGAUGAGAUAAGCAGUCUGAAAAGUAUGCUCUUCAAUGAGAUCCAAAGUUUGAAGCAAAAGGAUAGAAACUUUACUCCGAUGAGAAACUAUGAAGAUGAAUUCUCCAACAAUCAUAUUAAGGAAUUGGUUCGACAACAGGAGAAAGAAAUUCAAAGGUUGCGUGACCAACUCCAAGAACGUUUAACUCCAGACGUGGAGAAUGUACAAGAUAAACUCCAGGCUCAGGAGCACUAUUGGACAUCUAAAUUACAGCAUUUGGAAACUCGUCAUCGAGAAGAUAUUGCAAAUCUAUUAUCCCAGUUAAAAUUAACUCAGGAUACAGCUCAUCAUAUCAGGGAAGAAUACGAGAAAAAAGUGGAUGAAUUGGAGAAACUUUCUAAGAGUCAGUCACAGAUACUUUCAGUCCAGGGGGAACAGUUAAAUAAUAUUUCUCGGGAGAUUCAAGAUGCUCAUAGGACUCAACAAGGAUUGGAUAAAGCAGAAAAAGAUCGGGAUCAGAAAUUCAAUAAACAGAGGAUAAGAUACAGUAACAGUAUCAGAGAGCGAAAAAAAUCUCUGAUAGAUACUGAUGUAGUUUUGGAGAACCUGGAGACUCCUUCUAGUCAAGAUUCCCAAGGGAAGAAGGUUCCCCGGAUCUCACGGAAACAGUUUUUACAGGAUGACUCAAACCUUAUAAAGAAAUAUGAGAAUUCUGAUAUGGAGUCUGGAAAUGAUCGCAGUCAAAGGAUAUCGGACAGUGUGGGUAGAUCUCGAAAUAUUGUCGAGGACCUAGACUUGAAUUCUAUAAGGUCAAGUCGGCAUGAGACGGUCUCUCAGCACAGUCCUAAUAGAAUUAGUUAUAGAGAAGAUAUUGUUGAAACGUUUAGAGCUAAUGAUGACAAGCAUCAGAUGCAUAAACAUAAUAGAAAUACUUCCUUGGCUCGGUUGAGCAACAACGGCAACAAUUUGAAAGCAGAGCAGAUAAGUAUGAAGGAAUAUGAAUCAAAAAAGGAAAAGCUGGACAGGGUACCUUUGGAGAAGUCCAUGCAGGAUGAGAAAAAAUGGAAAAGCUCCACAAGUGAAUCAAGUGAAAGUCGACCUGAGAGUGAAGAAGAUUCAGAAUCUGAAGCAACGGAAUCGGAAACUAAUUCGGAAAGUAACUCUCAGAGCGGAAGUUCUGAAGAGAGUUUUGUUGGAGAAACUCUUGGAAAAAAUUGUACAAAUGACGCACAAGAACGCGCUCUGUUAUUACCAGAAGUGCGUGAAAACAUAUUAGGCUUAUUCCAAAGUAAAUUAAGGGAUUUAGGAAUUGAUCCUGAAUGGAAUGGAAUUCCUAGAGCUACGUACAAACAGAAAAUGGACAUCGUAAAACAUCAUCAAAGUAUAAACGCCAAGAAAUUCACCAAAUAUGAACAAAUUAAACAUAAAAUCGUUCAGGAACUUACGCAGAGACUUACAAUCAAGAAAAAGAAAUCAAAAAAUAUUGAAACAUCAAAAAAAUCACCGUUAAAUAAAUUAAUGAACAACGUGAAGACAAAAGCGAUGAAUGCAUUGAAUUAUCAAAGAGAUGGCAGAAAAAACGAAGAUACUCGAGUACCAGUUUUGAAGUCGCAUAUUAAUUCUACACGGGAGACAAUGUCAAGGCAAAAAGGCCGUCUAGACUUAUUGCCAAGAAAAAUGAAAGACACAGACAUACGUAAUAUCGAACAACAAAGGGUUCGUGACUCAUCUCAGUCGUCAAGAAUUUUGGAAAAUAUCUCUUCCGCAUCUGAUCGUGGAACAGUAUUAACAUCCAGAACGAAAGUUAUGCAAAGUUUUAGGGAAAGUCCUUCCAAAGAUGGAAAACCAAUAUCGCGCUCUUACGAAAGUGUCAAAGAAUUUUUGAAAGAAUCUAAAAAUUCGAAAACCCCUUUCGAAUUAACAGGUAUUAAAGUGACUUCAACGCCCAAUAAACAUUUAGUGAACAUGAUGCAAGAAUCUUACGCAACGAAUACAGAUGAAUCUGAUAGUAAAAUAUUGGGAGAUGAAAAGGCGAGAAGUUUACCAGUUUCGCCAAAAGGAAACAAGAGUGUUUUAAAAUCAGCAACUGGUUCGGUAGGCAGCCUUGUUAAAAAAAAAGUUAUUUUUGAUUUGGAAAAAGAAAUUCCAGAGAAGGAUGAAGUGAGGAAGAAAUCGUUGGGCAAAUUAUUUCCUGAAUAUGAUGUAGAAAAAAGAGAUAUUGAUGAGGAUGAGGAUUGGAAUAUUUCUAGCAUCUCGGAUGAAAAGGAUCAGACACCUCUUGAAUCUUCAGCAAAAAUUUCGGAACAACGUAUCCUUCUGAAAUCGCAUCAGAGUGAAAAAAUUGCCCAGAUAUCAAAGAAAAUUGAAGAGCAAUUAAGUUUGUCAAGACGAAAACCAGUGGGAGCAAUAGAAGCCAUGCUUUCAACGAAAGCAAAAUUAGAAGAAUCAAAGGAUAAUAAUCAAUAUUUAAGUUCUAUGAAUGUAGCUAGUUUAAUUUUGGAAAGUCCUGCUGUUCGCUCACCAGGAAGAUUUGGAAAUAGAAAUGAAAAAUCAGCACCACAGCCAGCACCAAGAGCAGGAAAAAGUGCAGAAUCACUUUCGUUGACAUUGGAAAAUAAUAAAUUAUCCAAAUCACAAGAUUCCGAUCUUGAAUCUGAUAUAGAAGAAUUAUUACAAAUGGACUAAGAAAUGGGAUGCUUAAUGCACAGAGUACAAACUUUUUGAAAAAUAAUUGUAGUCAUAAAAUUACAAACUCUUGUGCCUUUGCAUUGCAGCUGUUCUUGUCUUGGUAUAUAAUGAGUAAAAUAGAGAAAACUCCACACAAAUAUUUAUACUUAUAUAAGUUUUAUUUUUGUAUUACAACAUAUGUAGUAUGGUAAUAUCAACAGUAUAUACGUGCAUUUCUGUUGUCAAAUAAAAAAAUUAUUUAAAAGUG